GACGCUUCCCUUCCCAGAAUGCCCCGCGAAGGCAUAGCCUCUCCCGGAGCCGGCCAGGUGCCCGGAUGUUGACGGAAGUCUACCACAGAGAGGCCGAGAGAUGAAAAGCCUAGCGCGGCGCGUCCCUAGUCUCCCAUUGACGCCCAGCUGGUUCCCCGGAUUUUUUUUAUUUUCUGCAGUUUUGGAUAACGCACAUUUUUUUGCAAGCAGUUUCCUUUUGUAUUUUUGCAUGUUAUUUUCUCGAAUAUAUUCGUUUCAUGCACAUUUUCCCCGGCCCUGCCAUAUGUAUUUUUAUAAACAUAGGCCAGUGCCUGUGUCAUAUUCGGUGUUUGAUGGACCGUCCCCUGAGCUGCCACUUGUUUUCCUCCACGGGCUGUUUGGAAGCAAAGCUAACUUCACAACGCUGGCCAAAAAGUUGGUGCUCCAGACUGGCCGCAAGGUGCUGACGGUGGACGCCCGCAACCAUGGCGACAGCCCCCACAGCCCGUUCAUGACCUACGAAGCCAUGAGUGCUGACAUCCACCUCCUCCUCCACCAGCUACACCUCCACAGAUGUGUCUUGGUUGGGCACAGCAUGGGUGGCAAGACGGCCAUGGUGAUCGCACUGCAGUGGCCAGAGUUGGUGGAGCGCCUGGUGUGUGUCGACAUCAGUCCUAGCAAGACGACGGCCGUCUCAAGCUUCCAGGACUUCAUUGCUGCCAUGAAGGCAGUGGAGAUCCCCCAGGGCAUUCCUCGUUCCACGGUGCGCCGCCUGGCCGAAGAGCAAUUGCGUCCAACCAUUCAGGAGCCGACCAUCCGCCAGUUUCUGCUCACCAACCUGGUGUACUCCGAAGAGCAGUUUGUCUGGCGCGUGAAUCUGGAGGCUGUUUCCCGGCAUCUGGGCGAACUGAUAGGCUUCCCUGAUUUCCAGGCGACCUACCCAGGGCUUGCUCUGUUCCUUGGAGGCUCCAAGUCUGGCUAUAUCAGCUCUGACGACUACCCUGAGAUCGAACGGCUCUUCCCUGAGGCGGAGAUCCAGUAUGUCUCCGACGCUGGGCACUGGGUUCACGCGGACCAGCCCCAAGAGUUCGUGGCUGCCGUCUGCAACUUCCUCAAGCAUCCUCCACCGUAGAGUCUCCAGAAAGGUCCUCGCACCGGCCUCCCAAAACAGAAAAAGCAAGAGUGCCUGUCUGCCUGUCUGUCUGUCUGUCUCUGCCCACCCCCAUCACUGGUCGAAAUGCUUCCUACCGGAUAGCCUGCAAUGCCCUUUGAGCAGCAUCUAUUCUCCAGCCUUCGUUGCCCAACAAUACUGACACUUGCUAGUUGUGUGAGCCCCUCGAUCCAUUUCCUGGGAGGCCCUAGUGACUGCCAUGCUCAGACCUUGCAAAUGGGAUCCCCCGGUGGCCAGGAUGCCACUUAACUCCAUGUGUACCACUCUCUGUACAGUAUUUAAUAUUAAAUAAAA